UCGUGGUUCCUAGUCAGAUUCGUUUUCUGCUGUGCCACGACGGGAACUCCUGGUGGUUCUGUUUUAUCAUUAGUUAUUGCUGUUCUUCUCUUGCCAUCCUAAUUUAUACAUUAAAUUUACCAUAGGUGUGUAUGUAUAGCAAAAAACUAUAUUGGGGGUUUGGUGCUUUCUGGGGCAUCCACCGGGGUCUUGGGACAUACCCCCAGGGGUGGUGGGGGUCAGCUGUUGCACCUGCGCCCCCUGAGGGCACCCCCACGCCCUGCAUCUGUUUCCCCACUGUUGGGCAGGGAGGAAGAGGCUGGGCCAGACUCGCUAGAUACACAGGCAGGUGCAGCGAGUGGAAUCGUUUUCAGAGGUUUCUGCGAUGGCCAUGAUUGAUUUUUUUUGAGGAGCUCUGAGGUCUGACUCCUGAGAAGAAUGUGGCACGUGGGCGGGAGGGGCUCUGGGCUGACUCCCUCAUCCACCUUGUGGGCCGCAUGGCUUUGUGCUGGAGCAGGAGCCGCCUCCUUUCAGCAGAUCCAAUCUGGCAGAGCGGCCUUUCCCCAAGUCCGCAGCAGUGUUGACGUGGCGGGUGCAGGGUCCAGAGGCGCUGUGUGGGGUCGUGCGUGUUGCCGCCCUGGGCAGUUCCGGUCCUCGCCGGCGGGGGCGCUGGUCCCCGCUUCUCGCCCAGCCUGUGAGCUGGACCCGCGCUCGGGUCUGGGUGGACCUGAGGCGUGCACGCCGCGCCCGCGAGAGGUCCAGCCGCGGGCAAGCCCUUGACCCCUACCCGCCACCCCUUCCCGAGCGACCGGAGCCCCGGGUCUGCGCCUCCGCGUGGCCCUGGCGAGGGGCCCGCUAAGCCUCGGAGCAGAUACGCUGUCAACAGCACCGGAGAGCACGCCGAGGACCAGGACGGCGACUCCAGGUUUUCAGAUGUCAUUCUGGCGACGAUUUUGGCAACCAAGUCUGAAAUGUGCGGCCAGAAAUUUGAACUGAAGAUCGACAAUGUGCGCUUUGUUGGGCACCCGACGCUGCUGCAGCACGCGCUGGGGCAGGUCUCCAAGACAGACCCAUCCCCGAAGAGGGAGGCUCCCACCAUGAUUCUCUUUAACGUGGUCUUUGCACUGAGGGCCAACGCCGACCCAUCAGUGAUCAGCUGUCUGCACAACCUGUCCCGCCGCAUCGCCACUGUGCUGCAGCACGAGGAGCGCCGCUGCCAGUACCUCACGCGGGAGGCCAAGCUGAUCCUGGCGCUGCAGGACGAGGUCUCCGCCAUGGCCGACGCUCCUGACGGGCCCCAGUCGCCGUUUCAUCACAUCCUGCCCAAGUGCAAGCUGGCCAGGGACCUGAAGGACGCCUACGACAGCCUCUGCACGUCCGGUGUGGUUCGGCUACACGUCAACAGCUGGCUGGAGGUGAGCUUCUGUCUGCCGCACAAGAUCCACUACGCGGCCGCCAGCCUCAUCCCCCCUGAGGCCAUCGAACGGAGCCUGAAGGCCAUCCGCCCGUACCACGCCCUGCUGCUGCUCAGUGACGAGAAGACCCUGCUGGGCGAGCUCCCCCUCGACUGCUCCCCGGCCCUGGUGCGCGUGAUCAAGACCACAUCCGCCAUGAAGAACCUGCAGCAGUUGGCCCAGGAUGCAGACCUGGCCUUGCUGCAGGUUUUCCAGCUGGCAGCGCACCUGGUUUACUGGGGCAAGGCCAUCGUCAUCUACCCGCUGUGCGAGAACAACGUCUACAUGCUGUCGCCCCACGCCAGCGUGUGUCUGUUCUCCCCGCUGGCCGAGCACUUCUCCCGCCAGUUCCCACCUCACGACCUGCCGUCGGUCCUCGCCAAGUUCUCCUUGCCCAUUUCCCUGUCGGAACUGAGGAACCCCCUCGCCCCCCCUGUGCAAGAGACGCAGCUCAUCCAGAUGGUGGUGUGGAUGCUGCAGCGCAGGCUCCUGGUGCAGCUGCACACCUAUGUUUGCCUGAUGGCCUCGCCCGGCGAGGACGAGCCCCGCUCCCGGGAGGACGACAUGCCCCUGUCCACCAGGGCUGGCGGCCGCAGCCUCAGCACGCCCAACGCCCUCAGCUUUGGCUCCCCAACCAGCAGUGAUGACAUGACACUGACCAGCCCCAGCAUGGACAACUCGAGCGCGGAGCUGCUGCCCAGCGGGGACUCGCCGCUCAACAGGAGGGUGACAGAGAGCCUGCUGGCCAGCCUGUCGGAGCACGAGCGGGCGGCCAUCCUCAGCGUGCCCGCGGCCCAGAACCCCGAGGACCUCCGCAUGUUUGCCAGGCUUCUGCACUACUUCCGAGGCCGCCACCACCUGGAGGAGAUCAUGUACAACGAGAACACGCGGCGCUCGCAGCUGCUCGCGCUCGUGGACAAGUUCCGCAGCGUCCUGGUGGUGACCUCGCACGAGGACCCGGUCAUUGCCGUCUUCCAGGCCCUGCUCACGUGAGCCGAGCUGAGCACGCGGGCACUGCCCCCUCCCCGGGGCCCUGCUGGCCCCUGCAGGCUGUGGCCUCCGGUCCCUGCUCUGGCCCAGAGGCCGUGAGGCUCUGGGUGGGGAGUGUCCAGGGCUCACGCCCCUGAGUGAGCUGCACGCGCCCCCUGACAUGGCCCCCGGUGUGUCAGAGCCCUCUCCCCAGGCUGUCUGGCCCGCUCUGUGUGCCCGCGGGCACCAUCCCCCGGCUGCCUCACCAGGAGGCUCUGGCCUAGCGGUCACCUCCCUUUGCCAUGUGAGGCACAAGGACCGGGACUGACGUCCUGCAGCUGGUGGGGCCCUGGGGACCGUGCGUUCUCGGCUUCCCACGUGAGUCCGCAGGGGGCUCUUGCACACAGGCUGCCUCGGGCCUGAGGAUGCGUGCGGACUGGCCCCAUGUCCUCCCGCAGAGGAGAGCCGGCCGCCAAGGGGGCUCCGGCUGAGGCCCAAGCGACAGUUUUCUAGAAGCACAGCAUUUAUUUCGUUUCUGAACAAUUAAAACUCCUCAUGAGCAGG